AAAAAAAAAAAAAAAAAAGAAGAAGGCGAAGGAGAAGAAGAAGGACUUGAAGUGUCAUUCUCAGUACACACGUGAAGAUCAGAGAGUUCAACAUUUCCAGGUUGGGAAGUGCCUGUGUGAGCGGUCUGCGGUGCCUCAGGUAGAGACAAUAUGCAGCGAUUCUCAGAGAAUUUGGGUUCUCGUUUUGCCUGAAGAAUAUUAGGUCUGUGUGAGAGAGAUUGGGACCCACCGUGAAGGUGAUGACCAGCAGAGAGCAUCUGCAGAAUUAAGCUUGGAAAAGGAGUUCUCAAGCCUUAGCCACGUUGGAGGCAGUAGAGUUCUCAAAAGAGAUUGUCUUGGAAGCGAGAGAACAGUGGGAAGCUGCUGCUGGUUCCAGCAGCCACAAGUGCCGAGGCCCUGGUCCAUCUGCAGCCACCGUGGUCCUGCUGGCUGUGGCCAGGAGCUGCCCCCAGCAUACUCUCCGGGGAGCUCAGGGCCUACGGGAAGCCCCAGCACCUGGGGAAGCUCGAAGAGGAGAUGACACUGGGAGAGGAGCCUGUCCAGACAUUUGAAGGCAAAGCCCUGCCGCCUGAGGAUCCCUGCCCUCUCCAUGACAGCUUCUUCGGGUAUGAGGAGGAAACAGAAGCACAUUCUCAGCCAGUCCCAUCCCAGGUGAUGUUGCAGCCACCUGUGAGCUUCCAGGAUGUGGCUGUGACCUUCACGCGAGACGAGUGGAGACAGCUGGAUCCUGCCCAGAGGACACUGUACCACAACGUAACUCUGGAGAUCUGCAGCCACCUGGCCUUCCUGGGGCUUCUGCUUUCGAAACCAAAUGUGAUCUGCUGGCUGGAGCAAGGACAAGACCCAUGGAGGGAAGAGCAUGGACCUCCCCAAGACUGGAAGAAUAUGCUUGAAAAGGAAGAGUCAGCUUCCAAAGAGGAUAUUGCUGUGGAAUUCCACAACAUAGAAAUGAAAUGCUGCAUACAGGAGGAGGGCCCCUGCUUGGUGUCAUUAGGAGAAAGGCAGGAUUGGAGGGACCAGCUAAGGGAGCACCAGGAGGACUCUUUGAGUCAAAUGAUAUUCACCCCAGAAAGACUGUUUGCUCAAGGGAAACACUGUGAGCAUGACCGUGGGGGAAGUUACCAGAAUUUAAGCCUUCUACCUCCAACUUUACCCACAAGAGCACAUUUCCAUACACUUGACUCACAGGUUAAAAAGUUGAAACAGAAUUCAGUUUUCAUUAAUCAUGAGAAAGGCUGGGCUGAUCUGAAGCCCCAUGAAAAUCACAAAAGUCCCAGAGCCUUCUGUCAGAGCAUUUCCUUGAAUAAACUUACAAAUGUUGAAACAAGAAAUAAAAAGCCUAAUGAAUAUACUGUCAGUAGUGGCUCUUUCAACUAUGAUACCUCCCUUCGAUACCAUAAUAGAAUUUUUUCAGCAGAGAACAGCGAUGACUGUACAGACUAUAGAAACAUCAUUAAUCAUAGCAUGUCUCUGAAUGAACACAAGCCAGUGUGUUUUAGAGAACUCCAGUAUGAGUGUGACAAAUGCCUUGUACAAACUGAAAUAAAUGAUCCUGGAGAAGCACCAUUUAGAUGUGAGGAGGAAUGUCAUGCCUUCCAUGAGGCCUCAUCUUUUACCGACUGUGACGUCAUUCAAACUGGAAAGAAGCCACAUACAUGUAAUCAGUGUGGAAAAUCUUUCAGCUGUUGCUCUAAGCUUGUUGUACACCAGAGAACACACACUGGAGAAAAGCCCUAUGAAUGUUCUCAGUGUGGGAAGUCUUUCAGCCAGAGCUAUGACCUUGUUGUACACCAGAGAACCCACACUGGAGAGAAGCCCUAUGAAUGUAACCAGUGUGGGAAGUCCUUCACCCAGAGUUCCAAACUUAUUAGGCAUCAGCGAACUCACACCGGAGAAAAACCAUACAAAUGUCACGAAUGUGGAAAAUCUUUCAGGUGGAACUCUAACCUUAUUGUACAUCAAAGAAUUCAUACUGGAGAGAAACCUUAUGAGUGUGGUCAUUGUGGAAAGUCCUUCAGCCAAAGCUCUGACUUCGUUGCACAUAAAAGGACUCACACUGGAGAGAAACCCUAUGAAUGUAACCAGUGUGGAAAGUCCUUCAUUAGAAGCACUCAGCUUAUUAGGCAUCUGCGAAUUCACACUGGAGAAAAGCCAUAUAAAUGCAAUCAGUGUGAUAAAGCUUUCACUGGGAGCUCUCACCUUAUUGAGCAUCAGAGAACUCAUACUGGAGAGAAACCUUUUGAAUGUAAUCAGUGUGGGAAAGCCUUCGCUGGGAGCUCCCACCUUCUUUCACAUCAGAGAAUUCAUUCUGGAGAGAAACCAUACGAAUGUAAUGACUGUGGGAAAUCUUUUCGGCAGCGAUCACAACUUGUUGUGCACCAGCGAACCCAUACUGGAGAGAAACCUUAUGAGUGUAGUCAUUGUGGAAAAGCUUUCAGCCAGAGAUCUCCCCUUAUUGUGCAUCAAAGAACACACAUUGGAGACAAGCCUUAUCAGUGUAACAUGUGUUUUAAAGCCUUCAGUCAGAAGUCACGCCUUAUUGAACAUCAGAGAACACAUACUGGAGAAAAGCCCUAUGAAUGCAUCGAAUGUGGGAAAGCCUUUAACGAUCGGUCAACUCUCACAAAACAUGAGAGGACACACACUGGUGAGAAACCUUAUGAAUGUAAUCAUUGUGAAAAGGCUUUUGGUCAGCGAUGUCAGCUUACUAGGCAUCAGAGAAUUCAUACUGGAGAAAAACCCAAUGAAUGUAAUGAAUGUGGGAAAGUUUUCAGUUAUAAUACAUCCCUUAUUCAACAUGAAAAAAUUCAUGGGAGAGAAACUCUUGAGUAAUCGAGAUGGAAAAUCUCACUGCCAAACCUUCUUUAUUAGACGUCAGGUGACCAAGGUGUGAUUCUCAGAGUGUGCUCUAAUGGCCACAUGUGUCAGAUUUGCUUGCAGUGUUCACUGAAACUGCACAUCACCAAGCUCACCUUCAUCUACUAAAUCAGAACCUCUGGAUGUAAAACUCAGGGGCCUACAAUUCCCAAGAGCAGCGCAAGUAAUUUGUAUGUACAUAAAAUGUGUUUACUUCUGCAUUUAGAUGAGAAACUAUGAAUAUGAUCACUGAUUUAAAAUUUUCAGUUAGAACUCUCAGUAGGAGUUAGGAAAUUCAAAAUGUACCUGUAACCCACCAAACAAUCUUUUUAGUGAAAACAACCAUCCAAACUUAAUCAGACAUUGUCCCUGUAAAACAUUCCUAGAAUAUUGUACUGGAAGAUAUUCUCGAUGAAAAGCCCCAAACACUCAGUCUAAAAAGAAAUCGCAUGGCAAAGCUGAUACUGAGUGAUGAAAUACGUAACCAGCAACAAUCAAUGUAAACCAGCAGUUAACGUGAACUGGAGGAGGCCUGAGGAUGGGAAGUCUUCUGAAAUGGUUUUUAUUGGAAUUAAAAGUAGACUCUGAGGGUGCGUGGCUGGCUCAGUUGGUUGAGCAUCUGGAUCUU